ACAUUCAAGGUGAACCGCAAAAAUUAUUGCGCAUCCGCAGCACUGCGAAAAUGAGAAGGUUUAGUGUUCUACGGGCCGCAUUUAGUUUAUCACAAACAUAUGGAGGAGUGAAAUUAUUGCUUCCCGUACUACAAAAGUAUUACAAGGCU